AUGCAGCGAAGGGAGAACUUCAGAAGAAGUGCUUCAAGACUCUCCGCUCUCGCAGAUUCAAGGAGAUAUCCCGUCGACAGCGUUAUAGACCAACACAUCAAGCCUGUCGAAGCUCAUAGCAACAGACCGUCAGCUCAUAGAGUUGAUGGAUCUCACUACAUAUCAGCAACCAGAAACUCUUGGAUCCCUGCCUCGACAGACCCUUCCAAGAGCCAUGGAGAUGAGUCGAUCAGACCCGUCAGAAGCAGUGAGUCCAUCAUGUCAUCCAUCUGGCAACAAAGUCAUGACACUCUGAGACACGCGUCUCAAGGGGUGGUAGCAGCGGACCUGAGAAGGUCUACCCUGCUCCUGCAGUCGCUGCAUGAGGCGAGAAAGUUCAAGGACAUCGACGACGUGAGAAGAGCAGUGCAGGAACAUGAGCAGUACGUGGGGGACCUUCGUAGCAGUCUAAGGUCCAAGGGUGCCUCUGCGGUACAACGCAAGGCCACAACUACCCAGACCUUCAGCUGGAUAGAAUACGAGGGAGUGUCCAGUGCAUCCAAGAUCGUGAAGAUGAAGAUGAAUUCUCGAAUGAAGGAGAUCGAUUGA